AUGAUGGGAAAUAAAAUUUCAGAAAAUAAACAAAGACAAAUUAUUAUGUACAAAAAUAUAAAAAAUAAAAUUAAAAAAAAACACAACCUUGAUGUUGGAAGGAAUAUUUACAUUUCUCUACUCAAAGAAAAAGAACUUAGCAAUGUCAACUCUGAAAUUUUUGAAGCCUACAAGGCAGAAGAAGAAAGUGAUUGUGGUGGGGUGAGUGAAAAUGGAGGCAUUGCGGAGAAGAGCAACCAGGGGGGAGAUGGCACGUACGUUAAAAUAAAUUUCAGAAAACGGGAAACGCACACACAUGGGGGAGGAACACACGUGAGUAGAAAAUGUACGGACGCAGGAAGACACGAAGAGGGGAAACCCACAACGUUAAAAAAAAAGCAGCACCAUGGGUAUGGUGAUCAUGGGGAUAGCAAUGGGGAGAGUGCUACUGAACAACGAAGCGAUCACCAGAGUGAUGGACGAAGUGAUUCCCCAAAUGAGAAGAGACACUUUGAGCUGGACUACGGCGUCUUCUUCACCGUGGACGAAAGAUCCAGCAUGUAUUCGCAGGUGAGGAGUAGCACCCACGUGAAAAAAAAAAAUAAAAUAAAGGAACGAGGCAACAUUUCUGAAGAACGAAAUGACGGGGAGGAUUCGAAGUUGAAACGGGGUAACCGAAGAAAGGGAGCCACGUUACGAAGAAAAGAAAGUAGUUUAGAAAGAAACAGCACAGUUGCUACACGAAAGGGUGAAAGUGUACACAUGGUUGACGACACAAAGGACAGCACGGUUGGGGAUAUCUCCGUCGGGCACACCUUCGAAUCGUACAGUGGGAUGAGGAGCGCUGCGCACAGCGUGUCGGAGAGUGCCCCAACGGGUUGCAGUGAGAACCGCGAUGAGUCCUCCUUCAAUUCGCUUUCUCUGCAUCUACUCACGGAUGUGCCCCACACCCAGGGGAAAAAGCCAGUCAAGUCAAGGGGAAUGAAUAUUCAUAUGUGCAAACAGGGAGACACGCAGAGAUGUCUUAACUACUCGAAGAAGCCAAGUCAUACGGCGGGCAAUAGCACCAGGUUCCUAAAUUUACUCAAAGGGAAAAACAUCUUGCGGAACAUUUUAUCAUUCAUGAACUGCAGGGAUUUGUUGGAGUUGCAAAAAACGUGCUCCAUGAUCUACGUCCUCGUGAGCGACUUCUUAGAUUAUAUAUGCCUGCACAUAUUUUUAAAAUUUAAGAGAGCCUACGAGGGGUACUUCACUCCCUUCGAUUGCUUCUACAAAUACGAGGUGCUGUACACGGAGAAUCCGUCUUUCCGUCUGGACUGCAUCCUACUCGCGAAGAUUGAAAAGCGCGCUGUCGGGUACAACAACCGAUUCGGUUACAAGUACAAGUACCAGUUCGACGCCAAAAAGCAAAGCAGCUAUCACGUGUACUACAAUUUCAACGUACUUAAAAAAAACAUACCGAGAAAAAUUGAAAUACACAAAGACAUUUCGUAUAACAAUGGAGAUGACAUUAACGUCUCGCACAUCAUAAGUAAUGACGUCUGUGCCAAUGACUACAUAUGUAUACCAAUAAAUUUAUUUAACAUAAUCGGCACUGUUAAUUUGCAUUCAAUUAUUUUUAUGGAGAAUAAAUUGAGCAGACACGUCACGUACACUAACGGCUUGGAUGACCAGCUAUGGUACGACAGAGAGGAAUACAAAACGCUGAUCAAGGAGGAUAACUUGGUUUCGUCUGAAUGUUUUCUUCCAUAUUUGAAGCACGUGAAGACUAUUUACUCCGGGAUCGACGUGACCGUUAUGAAGUCGACCUAUAGGGCGGUCCAGCCUGGAAAACUCGGCCGCCGGAGCUACGCCCUCUGGGGAAACCACUUCAUAAUUAAAAGCAAGCCAGACCCCGUGUUUACAUUUCUGAAGCGAGAGGGGUUGCAGCAUGACUACAUUUAUCAUAAUUUUUAUCUGCGUGUGGGGGACUCUAUCGUUUUUUACUUGAUUCGUGGUGGCAAUCACGACGUUUGA